AGUCUUGGAAGAUGUGGCCGUCGUAAUGGGUAACUUGAGCAAUAAAACUUUUUUGCCGCUGCCGAUGAAUGUGAAGGAGUUUACCGAAACGGUUGAACAAAUUGUUCUUGGGACGAUGGCUUGUGACACAAAGUUGCAAAAUUUGCUGGAAGGAAUCGUCAUCAAAUGGAGCUACAUUAUCAACGAUAUUAUGAUUGAAACAUCAGAGAAACUUUUCCAAAAUGAUGCCCAACCCAUGCCACACGACGAAUACACAUUUUGGAAUAAGCGAUUGGCCAAUUUGGAAAAUUUAUACAAACAAUUAACCGAAAAUAAUCGAAAAAUGGUGGGCGUAAUACUCGAAAAAAUUGAAUCGGUUUAUUUUACAGCAUUUCGACAAUCGUUCGAGAAUGUGGUGGCGGCACUCACACAGGCCCGCGACGUUACAAUCCAUUUGAAUGCAUUUGCAAAAUGUACACAUCUCUUUCAAAGCCAUCAUUUUCUCGAAUGUGGCGCACUCAUCAAACCAAUGCUGCAUUGUAUGUGCCUCAUGUGGUCACAAUCAAUUUACUACCCGAAGGAAAGCUGGCCGCUCCUCUUCAGACUGAUUGGAAACAUGCUAAUUGAUGAGUCAAUGAACGCAUUGGAUGCAGAAACUUUAUUUCAAAACGACAUUGAAGACACCAUCAUGAAAAUCACCGAAAUUGUUGCCAUUCUAAAUAUGUACAAGAGUGAGGUGGUGUCGCAUAAAGCUAGACUGGACCAAUACAAAAUCAAAAGCAAUCAACCAUUGAUGAUGAAAUGGUCUUUUGAUGCAGAAACAGUGUUCGAGCGUCUGAAUGCCUAUUUGAUUCGUUUGCACGAUGUUAAUGACAUAAUUGUUGCGGCAAAUGACUUUUUGAAAUUGGAAAAGAUCGAAAUUGGUGGUAUCAAGGGUCGUCACUUGUGCGAACGCAUUCGUUCUGUUCUUGCCGAAUUUCAUACGCUGUACAGUUCAUGCAUUGCAAACCACACGAAUUUGUUGGAACCAUCGAAUAAUCAAUUUAAAGAAUUAAAGAGAAAUUUCCAAUUGAACAUCACCAUUUUAGAGAGGAAAUUAUCGCAAAUUUUCAUGGAAACAUUUGUGAAUUGCAACAGUGCUGAAUCAAGUAUUAAGACCAUUGAAAUGUUUGGCAGCUUAUUGAAACGACCCAUAAUAAAUGAACAAGUUUCAAAUCAAAUUGAAAACGUCAUCAAAAUUAUUCAAAGCGAUAUUAACGAAGUUCACAGCUUAUUGAAGGACAGUUCACCUGGCAAACGAAUUUUGACUCAUGAGAAUAUCAAUAAUAUGCUGGAUAGCAUACGAAUUUGGGGCAAAGUGCCAUUAUAUCAACGCCGAGAGGGCAACGCGACUUCAUUAUUGGAUAUCGAUGACAGAUCGCUAAAAUGUAAGACGCGCUGCGUUGAGGUGAACAAUUCAAAGAAACUUAUUGAAUACACCAUGGAAGAGAAUUAUCGACUGUUGUUCGGCAUGCCAUUACUCGAGCGGAAAAAAGAGUUUGGCAAGGAUCGAUUGCGUAACACAAUUAUUCGGAAAUUCGGCAGGCACCAAGCGAAAGACAAAUUUGAACGAAUGCCAAGUGUGGUUGAGUUGGUGCACAUUGAUGUGGUUGCCGGUGUGUCUGGGCAAAGUGAAAAAAUCGUGAAAAGUGAAGAUAAUCUGAAGCUUUUCCGACCGUACGAGGAAUACGUUGACAAAUUAAUAUCACAAGCGCUGCUUAGUGGUGUUGAGUCGAGUUUAUCGUACAUACUGAGUGGAAUGAGCGAGGGAAACGCAUUCAAUGAUAAAAAUAAUGACAAUUCAAAGUUGUUUCGCAUCAAACUGGAACUUUGGGACAAUCAACUGAAGUUUGUUCCAACUUUGGCGAAUGAAAAUGACAAAGACAGCUUUAUGCAUACGAUUAAGAGUUUAAUAGACGACAUUUGCUCUGUCUCACAUCAAAUUGAUAGAAUCGCUCAGCCAAUAAGUGAUUGCUCAUCAGCCAAACGAACAUAUCAAAUUGAUUUAGAUGAAAACAGAGAUAUUCAAAACAUACGGAAUAUGAUUUUAAAACAUGCACAGAGUGCGAGCAUCGACGCUCUCAAUUACAUGAAAACAUUUUCAAAGUAUCAGUACAUUUGGCUGGAGGAUAAACAGUCGUAUUUAAAGCGAUUUUUAAAUGAAUGCGAACAAAAAUGCCUUAAGGAUGACGAUUUUCCGGGAGAUAACAUCGAGGAUCCCAAUGCUCAAAUCGAGAUGUUUCAAGCUCAGAUCGAAAAUUGGUUGAGUGUAUUCGACGACUUUGACAGACUAGCAAAUUAUCAAACUAUACAUGGUUGGCUUCUGAUUGACAUACGGACAUUUAAACAUAUCAUUUUGAACCAGUGCUCCAAGUGGAUUAAUAUGUUCAAGGAACACUUACUGAACUACGUUCUAAAUCGUUUGAAUGAACUGGAAGAAUUUAUCAACAAAUCGAAUGAAGUUUUGUCGUUGGUGUUUGACUGGGAUGACUCAAAUUCAUUAUUACGCAUACUUAGCGUGUUAAACCAAAUAAAAGAAUACGAACCUUCAAUUAAAAGCCUAUUUCCAUCACUCAAGAAAAUCAUUUAUAUGAUAAUGCAGUACGACAUCAAAAUUCCGAAGAAAUGCUCAAAUCAGUUUUCAGAUUUGCCGGAAAAAUGGUCCACCUUGUUGAAAAACGCUUCAACAAUCAAAUAUGCAAUCGUUCCAAUUCAAGCCCAUCAAAUCGAUUUGAUCCAGCAACGCAUAACAUUUUUUAAUCAGAUUUCGAAGCAUUUUCGUCAAGAAUUCAGACAGAAAACGUUUUUCCUUAUUCCGUGCGCAAAUGUCUAUGGCCUUUUGGAUGAGUGCAACUUGAAAAUCGUUUACUGGGAACGGCAACUUCAGGAAUUAGUGGAAUCGGCUUUAAUUUUCGGUUUACCGCCCCCAUCAAAAGUCGAGCUGGAUAGUUGUCGGAGUGAAAUCAAAUUGAUCAAGCAAUUAUGGGAUUUUGUGAAUGUUAUUGAGUCAUGUGUGGGGAACUGGAAGCGAACGUCAUGGAAACGACUCGAUGUUGAAGAAAUCGAACAACAAUGCAAACGAUUCAGUAAAGAUAUAAGAUCAUUAGGUAAAUUGAUUCGUACGUGGAAACCAUUCGUUUACAUUGAACGAAUGCUACGGAAUUUGGUAACCUCUUUGCGGGCAAUCACCGAACUACAAAAUACAGCGAUUAAGGAUCGACAUUGGCUUGAAUUAAUGAAAUCCACAGGGCUAAAUAUUCGAUUGAACAAAUCGACAACGCUGUCGGAUUUGCUGAAUUUGGGUUUGCAUGAGUUCGAAGAUGAGGUAAAACAAACGGUUGACAAAGCGGUGAAAGAAAUGCAAAUGGAAAAAAUCUUAAAAGACAUUGAAGCACAGUGGGCCACACUAACAUUUGACUAUGAACAGCAUUCGGGUGGCGUUAAAAUGGUAAAAGUGUCCGAAGAUUUGAUUGAAAAAUUGGAAGAGAAUCAAGUGCAAAUUCAAAAUAUGGCCACGUCCAAGUACAUAUCAUUUUUUGAGAAAGAAAUCAAAGAAUGGGUACACAAACUAAGCAUGGCUGAUAUGAUAAUAAUGACGUGGUCCGAAGUGCAACGCAAAUGGAUUUAUCUGGAGAAGAUUUUCUCGGGCUCGGAAGAUAUACGAAAGCAGUUGCCAACGGAUUCGGAACGUUUUAUGAAGACAAAUCAUGCAUUUCAUGAAAUACGUGAGAUGAUAUUGAACGAACCAAAUGUUUUGGUCGUGACAAAUCGAUCGGGACUACACCUGCAAAUGGAAGACAUUUUAUCUGAACUGAUUUUAUGCGAGAAAGCACUAAAUAACUAUCUUGAAACGAAACGACUGGUGUAUCCACGAUUUUAUUUCAUUUCGUCCGUUGAUUUAUUGGACAUUUUAUCGAAUAGCAAUGAUCCCGAGAUAGUAGGGCACCACUUGCCCAAGCUAUACGAUUCGAUACGACGAUUGAAAUACAAGAAUGGUAGUAAACUCGCGAUUGGAAUGUACUCAAAGGAUCAUGAUGAAUACGUGGCAUUCAGUGCGGAAUGUAAUUGCAGUGGAAAAGUUGAAGAUUGGUUGAAUCGCGUGACCAACAUCAUGCGAUACACACUGAAUCGUUUAUUUGCUCAAUCCAUCGAACUGUAUGAGGAUAAGACACGUGACAGUUGGAUAUUCGAUUGGCCAGCACAGGUUGCUCUAUGCAUAUCGCAAAUUUAUUGGUCAAUCGAAAUCAAUGAAAUUUUCACAAAAAUUGAAGAAGGUUAUGAGAAUGCCAUGAAGGACUAUCAACGCAAGCAGAUUUCCCAAUUGAAUGUCCUGAUCAAUUUGCUGUUGGGUGAUUUAAGCAGCGGAGAUCGACAGAAGAUUAUGACCAUUUGUACGAUAGACGUGCAUUCGCGUGAUGUUGUAUCGAAAAUGAUUUCACAAAAGGUUACCAAAAGCUAUGAAUUUCAAUGGCAAUGCCAAUUACGCCACCGCUGGGAUCGUUCCGAUCAGGAUUGUUAUGUGAAUAUUUGCGAUGCCGAAUUUAAAUAUGAUUAUGAGUAUUUGGGCAUCACGCCUCGUUUGGUAAUAACACCAUUGACAGACAGGUGCUAUAUCACAUUGACACAGUCUUUGCAUUUGAUACACGGUGGAGCGCCAGCUGGUCCUUCGGGCACUGGAAAAACGGAGACGACUAAAGAUUUGGCCAAAGGCUUAGGAAUGAUGGUUUAUGUCUUCAACUGUUCAGAACAGAUGGAUUAUAAAUCAUGUGGCCAAAUCUACAAAGGUCUGGCGUCAUCGGGAGCCUUUGGAAUUUUUGACGAGUUCAAUCGGAUUUCCAUCGAAGUGCUGUCUGUGGUUGCGGUUCAGGUGAAGUGCAUACAAGAUGCAAUCAAGAAUAACAAAUCGACAUUCAUGUUUAUGGGUGACAUGAUUUCAUUGGUAACGUCCGUGGGUUUAUUUGUAACGAUGAAUCCAGGCUACGCCGGUCGGACUGAACUGCCUGAGAAUUUGAAGACUCUCUUUCGUCCGUGUGCAAUGGUUGUGGCUGACGUCGCAUUAAUAUGCGAAAUAAUGUUAGUUGCCGAAGGUUUUCAGGAAGCAAGAUUGUUAGCAAGAAAGUUCAUUACAUUAUAUACGCUGUGCAAAGAGCUGCUGUCCCAUCAGGAUCACUAUGAUUGGGGAUUGCGUGCGGUUAAAUCAGUGCUUGUUGUUGCUGGCACAUUGAAGAGAAGUGACCGACAACGACAGGAAGAGCAAGUGCUAAUGAGAGCUUUACGAGAUUUUAAUAUACCGAAAAUUGUGUCCGAUGACAUUCCCGUUUUUAUGGGAUUGAUUGGUGAUCUAUUCCCAUCGAUUGAUGUGCCGCGAAAACGAUCGUCCGAUUUUGAAAAGCUAAUUCGUCUAUCGGCUAUUGAGCUAAACUUAGAAGCAGAGGAUGGUUACGUUCUAAAAGUGGUUCAAUUGGAGGAAUUGUUAGCCGUACGUCAUUCGGUAUUUAUUGUGGGCGAAGCUGGCACGGGUAAGUCACAAAUAUGGAAAACAUUGAAUGCUACGUACGUUCAGCAAGAGCGAAAGCCGUGUACAUAUGACUUGAAUCCGAAAUGUGUGUCGGCCAACGAGCUGUUUGGGUUUAUCAAUCCGGCAACGCGUGAGUGGAAAGAUGGCCUGCUUUCAUCACUGAUAAGGGAUCAGGCGAAAUAUGCUAAUGACAAUCCGAAAUGGCUGAUAUUGGAUGGAGAAGUAGACCCAAUGUGGAUUGAAAGUUUAAAUACGGUUAUGGACGACAACAAGGUGCUAACGCUGGCAAGCAAUGAACGCAUCGCGUUCACAAAGGAAAUGCGGCUUCUGUUUGAGGUGGGCCAUUUGCAAAGUGCGACCCCGGCAACUGUAUCCAGAGCUGGUAUCUUAUAUGUGAAUGACAGUGUUGUAACUUGGUAUCCCAUCGUUGCAUCGUGGUUGAAAACUCGGAAUAAUGCUGAUGAGGCAAAUGAUUUACUAUUAUUGCUGUUCGACCGUUAUAUUCCACCGUUGCUCGAUGCCAAUAAAAAAUUCAAUAAAAUCACACCAAUACCAGAAAUAUCAUUGGUUCAAAUGACCUGCCAUUUACUUGAUUGUUUAUUAACAAACGAAAAUGUACCGAAAAACUGCCCGAAAGAUUGGUACGAAAUUUACUUUAUAUUCGCCGCUAUAUGGGGCUUUGGUUCGAGCUUUUACGAAGAUCAACAGACCGAUUGGCGAAUGGAGUUUAGCAAAUUUUGGAUAAACGAAUACCAAACCGUUCAGUUUCCCGAUAAUGCAUGCGUUUUCGAUUAUUACGUCGACAAAAAUACGAAGCAAUUCAAACUGUGGGAAGAUUUGGUUCCGAAAUAUGAAAUUGAUACGGAUAUUCCUUUGCAGUGUUGUAUGAUUCCUACUGCGACGAAUGUUUGCCUGCGCUGGUUUUUGGACAUUCUAUUGGAUAAAAAAUUGCCGAUAAUGUUUGUUGGUGCGACGGGAAGUGGAAAAACGGUUACAAUCAAUGAUAAAAUUGCCAAUUUGAAUGACAAUUAUUCGGUGACACAUAUCCCAUUGAACUACUAUACAACAUCGGAAAUGUUGCAAAAAAUUUUGGAGAAACCGCUGGAAAAGAAAGCAGGCCGAAAUUAUGCGCCAGUUGGUUCAAAAUUUAUGAUUUACUUUGUUGAUGACUUGAACAUGCCCGAAAAGGAUCCUUUCGAAACGGUGCGUCCGCAUCAAAUUAUAAGGCAAUUUAUGGAUUAUAGUCAUUGGUUUGACAGAUCCAAGUUAACGCUCAAAGAGAUCCAUAAUUGCCAGUUCCUUGCAUGCAUGUGCCCAACAGCUGGUGCUUUCACAAUUGACACGCGGUUGCAGAGGCACUUUUUCACAUUUGCCGUUAACUUCCCUAACGAUGCGGCACUCUUUCUCAUUUACCACACGAUUUUGAGUCAACAUUUGGAAAAUGAAAACAAACGCUUCACCUACCAUCACAAACGUAUAUGUAGAAGCCUCGUUUCGAUGGGUUUAAAUUUGCAUAGCCGAAUCGCACAGCUUUUUCUGCCGACAGCCCACAAAUUCCAUUAUAUAUUCAAUUUACGUGACUUGGCGAGUAUUUAUCAAGGUUUGUUGUUUGCCACAAAAGAUACAUGUCCCGAACAUGAGGAUCUGGCUCGCCUCUACAUCCAUGAAUCGUUCCGCGUUUACAGUGAUAAGCUCAUUGACGACUCAGAUCUGGAUGCAUUUAAGAAAUUGUGUCGUGAAGUGUUCAAAAAAUAUUUGGAAGAAAUUGAUGAGGCAAAAGUGUUUCGAGAGCCUCUACUCUACUGUCACUUCGCCGAUGGCCUUAAUGAACCAAAGUACAUGCAAAUCAAAGAUUGGCCGUCGCUGACAAAUUUGCUGUCCGAAGCAAUGUCCACAUACAACGAGUAUGUGGGCCAGAUGAAUUUGGUGUUAUUCGAGGAUGCCAUGUCGCAUAUAUGUCGAAUCAAUCGAAUAUUGGAAAUGCCCCGUGGCAACGCAUUGUUGAUUGGCGUUGGCGGAAGCGGAAAACAAUCGUUAGCACGAUUGGGAGCGUUCAUUUCAUCGCUGUCUGUGUAUCAAAUCCAAUUGAGAAAAGGGUAUAACAUCAUUGAUUUGCGUUCCGAUUUGAAUAUUCUAUAUCAUAAAGUGGGCAUCAAGAAUAUGUCGAUAAUGUUCUUGCUAACGGAUGCCCAAGUUGCUGAUGAAUCAUUUCUUGUACUCAUCAAUGAUUUGUUGGCAUCGGGCGAGAUACCCGAUUUAUUCACUGAUGAAGAAACCGAUAACAUAAUAAGCUCCGUUAAAAAUGAAGUUAAACAGCUCGGCAUUGUGGACACACGUGAAAAUUGCUGGAAAUAUUUUAUUGAGAAAGUCAAGAAAUUGUUAAAGGUGGUUUUAUGUUUCUCACCGGUUGGUUGCACACUGCGGCGCCGGUCUCGAAAGUUUCCCGCCCUUGUAAACUGUACCGCUAUAAAUUUCUUUUAUGAAUGGCCGAAAAGCGCUUUGGAGUCGGUUGCAAAAAAAUUCCUGCUAAAAGUCGACAUGUUACCCAACGGGCUGACAGAAUCGGUUGCCGUUUUUAUGGCAUACGUUUUGGAAAGCGUUAAUGAAAUUUCCAAGAAUUAUUUGGCAAAUGAAAAACGCUACAAUUACACGACACCAAAAUCAUAUCUUGAGCUCAUAUCAUUGUAUUCGAAAUUGCUGACCGUAAAGACGGACGACCACAUACAGCGCAUACAGCGUCUAGAAAAUGGUUUGAUUCGAUUAGCACAGUGUGGCCAUCAAGUCGAGACAUUAAAGUAUGUUCUUGCUGAUCAAGAAACUACGCUCAAAGCCAAAAACGAAGCUGCUGAUAAAUUGAUUAAAAUCGUUAGUGCGGAAAAUGAAAUCGUUCAAAAGGAAAAACUAAUAGCGGCCGAAGAAGAGCGGAAAGUACGGGCGAUUGAAGAAGACGUAACGAUCAAAGCAAAAAUAUGUGAAGCGGAUUUGCGAAAAGCUGAACCGUCGCUUAUCGCUGCAAAUGAGGCACUAAAUACACUGAACAAAAACAAUUUGACGGAAUUGAAAUCGUUUGGGACGCCUCCAAAAGCUGUAAUUCACGUUUGUGCUGCCGUUUUAGUGCUAUUUUCGGGAAAAAGCAAAAUACCAAAAGACCGGAGCUGGAGAGCGUGCAAACAAAUGAUGGGCGCUGUAGACAAAUUCCUACACAAAUUGGAGAACUUUGACAAGGAAAACAUACCGACAAAAGUAAUCAAAGCGUUACAACCGUACUUAAAAGAUCCGGAGUUCGAUCCGCAAAAAAUCCUUGCCAAAUCGACGGCUGCAAGUGGAUUAUGUGCAUGGGUCAUUAAUAUAAUUGUAUUUCACAAUGUAUUUCUGGUGGUUGAGCCAAAGCAACGAGCUUUAGAGGAUGCACAAGACGAAUUGAAGCAAGCUCAAGAUAAAUUGGAUUUUCUGAACAAUAAAAUUUUGGAAAUCGAGGCUCGUUUGAAUUCGAUUCAAAGAGAAUUUAAGACAGCUAUCGCUGAGAAAACCAAAUUGGAAUUUGAAGCUGAGAAAACGGCAAUGACCAUAUCGUUGGCUCAUCGUUUGGUGAAUGGACUGGGCUCGGAGGCCAUUCGAUGGCAUCAAUCAGUUGAAAAACUUCGUUUUCAAAUUGAAAAGUUGCCAGGCGAUAUUUUGUUGAUUUCAUGCUUCAUUUCGUAUGUUGGUGGAUUCACACCGCUGUACCGGCACGAAUUGCAGGAGAACAUUUGGAAACCAGCCUUCCGAGAACUUAAGCCCGAAAUCCCACACACUGACGGUAUUGAUUCGUUGGAUUUGAUUUGUGAUGAUGCAACCAUUGCCGCCUGGCAUAAUGAAGGCCUGCCAAACGAUCGAAUGUCAACAGAGAACGCGAUUAUUUUAACGAAUGCUACGCGUUGGCCUCUGAUUAUAGACCCACAAUUGCAAGGAGUGAAAUGGAUUCGACAAAAAUAUGGAAAGGAGUUGGUGAUUUUGCAGCCGAAUCAAAAAUUAUAUUUAGAUGAAAUAGAAAAAGCCAUUGCCACCGGCCAUACGGUUUUAUUGGAAAAUAUUGACGAGACAAUCGACGCAGUAUUGGAUGCGUUGUUGAGUCGUCAAUUUUCGAAACGUGGUGCAACAAUAAAAAUCGGCGAUAAAGAAGUUGAUUACAAUCCACGCUUCAGACUGAUUCUACAGACAAAGUUGGCAAAUCCACACUAUAAACCAGAGAUGCAGGCACAAACAACGCUUAUCAAUUUCACUGUUACACGAGAAGGUUUGCAACAGCAACUACUUGGCACCGUUGUCAAUGCCGAGCGCCCCGAUUUAGAGAAAUCGAAACAAGAAUUGACGAUGCAGCAAAAUCAUUUUAAAAUCACGCUGAAAUCACUUGAGGAUGAAUUGUUGGCUCGACUUGCGGCCGCUGGCGAUAAUGUUCUCGAAGAUCCAUCGUUGGUCGUCAAUUUGGAAGAGACGAAAAAAACGGCAGCCGAAAUCGAAGUAAAGGUCACCGAAACGCGAAUAACAACAAAAGAAAUAGAUACAGCACGUGAAAUAUAUCGAUGUGUCGCUGAGCGUGCAUCCAUUCUAUAUUUCAUUUUGAAUGAUUUGUGCAAAAUCAAUCCGAUGUACCAGUUUUCGUUGAAGGCAUUUAUAGUUGUUUUCAAGCGAGCCAUCAAUCAAACGGAAAAACAGAACACUAUCAAAGAGCGGGUGGGAUCAUUGCUUGAUUCAAUUACGUAUGCCGUUUACAUGUACACCUGUCGCGGAUUAUUUGAGAAAGAUAAGCUCGUUUACAAAAUGCAUUUGGCAUUCCAAAUAUUGAUUCAGAGCAAUCAAAUUUCGUUGAACGAACUGGACUUUGUGCUGAGAUUUCCGUAUCUACCGAAUUUACAUUCACCGUUUGACUUUUUGCCGUCGCAUCUGUGGGGCGGUGCAAAAGCACUAUCAAAUAUCGAUGCGUUUUAUGGAUUCGAUAGAGAUCUUGAUCUGUCGAUGAAACGUUGGAAAAAAUUCAUUGAAAGCGAAGCGCCCGAAAUGAAAAAGCUGCCGGGCGAAUGGAAAAACAAAACACCAAUGCAAAAACUUUGCAUAUUGCGAACGCUUCGCCCGGAUCGCAUGAUUUAUGCAGCAUCGUGUUUUGUGGAAGAAACAAUGGGUGAGAAAUAUGUGGGUGUGAGAACGAUCCCAUUUUCCGAAUCAUUUACGGAGAGCUGUGCAUCGACACCGUUAUUUUUCAUUUUAUCGCCCGGCGUUGAUCCGCUCCAAGAUGUUGAGAAACUUGGUAAAUCCAUGAACAUGUCGCCGGAUUAUCACAAUUUUCACAAUAUUUCGUUGGGCCAAGGCCAGGAGCGUUUGGCUGAAGCGGCCAUUGAGACAGGCAACAAACACGGUCAUUGGGUGAUUUUGCAGAACAUUCAUUUAGUAACCAAGUGGUUGCCAGUGUUGGAGAGGAAAAUCAUUGAAUCUGAAGAAACAGCACACCCGGAUUUUCGCUUAUUUGUGAGCGCCGAAGCGGCACCAACACCUGAAUUCCAUUCCAUACCGCAAGGCAUAUUAGAAGCAUCGAUAAAAAUAACAAACGAAUCACCGACCGGCAUUAAGGCGAAUUUGCAUCGCGCCCUGGAUAAUUUCACGCAAGAAAUGUUGGAAAUGUGCUCAAAGGAAGGUGAAUUCAAAGCGAUUCUGUUCUCAUUGUGCUAUUUCCAUGCCUGUGUAAGUGAGAGACGGAAAUUUGGUCCAAUCGGCUGGAAUUCAUCCUACCCAUUCAGUAUUGGCGAUUUAACAAUCAGCGUUUAUGUACUAUUCAAUUAUUUGGAGGCUAAUCGAAACAUCCCAUGGGACGACCUACGCUAUUUAUUCGGCGAAAUAAUGUAUGGUGGCCAUAUUACUGACGAUUGGGACAGACGACUGUGUCGAACGUAUCUCAACGAAUUCAUGCAACCCGCACUAUUGACGGGAGAUUUAUUGUUUUGUCCCGAUUUUGAUGCCCCUCCAAAUCUAGAUUUAGCCGGAUAUCAUCAAUAUGUUAACGAUUUCUUGCCGAACGAGUCGCCGCAUCUCUAUGGAAUGCAUUUAAAUGCGGAAAUUGGAUUUUUAACCACUCUAUCAAAUAAUAUGUUUGCGGAAAUAUUUGAACUACAGCCACGAGAAUCGGGCUCGAGUUCAGUGAUUCUGGUGUCACGUGAGGAGACAGUUAAGCAGUUAAUUGAAGAAUUUCAAGACAAAAUUCCCGACGAAUUUCAUAUGGCAGAGAUUAUGACACGGUUCGAGGAACGCACGCCAUACGUUGUGGUUGUGUAUCAGGAAUGCGAACGCAUGAAUCAAUUGUUGAACGGAAUGAAACGAUCGUUGCGUGAGCUUAUGCUUGGACAUCGCGGCGAACUCACAAUCACAUCGGAAAUGGAAUUGCUGGACGAAUGCAUAAUAUUUGAUAAAGUUCCACCCACCUGGACAAAGCUCGCAUACCCAAGUACGCUUGGAUUGCAAUUAUGGUUUUCAAAUCUUCUGCAGCGACAUCAAGAGCUUUACAAGUGGUCAAUUGAUUUCAGCUUACCGAUUUCAGUAUGGUUGCCCGGGCUCUUUAAUCCGCAAAGCUUUUUGACUGCCAUAAUGCAGGUUGCAGCCCGGAAAAAUGAAUGGCCAUUGGACCGAAUGUGCUUGACCAUCGACGUUACGGGAAAACACCGAGAUGAUUACACUGAAGCGCCUCGGGACGGCGCCAAUAUCGAUGGAUUAGUUUUAGAAGGGGCCAGAUGGGACAAUCUGAUGAAUUCAUUGGUGAAUGCCCGACUCAAAGAGCUGUUCUUCGAAAUGCCACUCAUUCACAUCAGAGCAAUAACAAAGGAUAAACAAGAAUUGCGUAACGUAUACGAGUGUCCCAUUUAUAGAACUCGCUUACGUGGGCCGACUUAUGUGUGGACAUUUAAUUUAAAAACAAGAGAGAAACCAUCCAAAUGGAUACUGGCUGGGGUUGCAAUUGUUUUACAGCCAUAAAACCAUUUAAUGAUUGAUUUUCGGUGUUGAACAAUUAGCGAAAAUGGCAAGAAGUGAAACGCAAAUGGAAAUAUCAGGGUUUGAAUAAAGUCCUCUUUUCGGCGGAGACGGGAAGUUCCAGUUUUAAAAUGCAAAUGAGAUUAUGUGCAAAAUGAAAAUAAGCGAUAAUAAGCUACUUUACAUUUUACAACAUAAACUAGUUAACGUAGA